UUAAUGAGCCCCCACGGACUGCACAGCCAAUCAGGACGUCUGGAAGGCCCCGACCAUUCAGAGCACUCAUUUAGUCUCUUUAAAGUCCCUUUCUCAUCUUCUUGUGAUCAUUUUGUGUCUCUGUAGUUGUCUUACUUCAUUUUUUUGUCUUUUCAACCUAAUUUUGUCCCUUUCUGAUUGUUUCGAGUCUUUUUCUGAUCCUUGUGUUUCUUUACGUCGUCACUUUUAGUUUUUCUGUGGUUCAGCUUUUGUUUGUUGUGCAUCUCUUUGUGUUUGUUUUGUGUUUAUUUAAGAUAAUUUUGUCAUUUUUGUCUGUUUUUACUCAUUUUCUGCUUUUUUGUCGUUGUCUUGUGUUAUUUUUUGUUUGUUUUGUGUGUCUUUAGCCUCGUUUGAUCUCCUUGUAGUCACUUUGUUUUCUUCUUCUCGUCGUCAUUUUUUGACUCGUCAUUUUUACACCUUUUCUUGGUUGUUUUAGUCUGUUUGUGCUAAUUUAGUCUCUUUCUUGUCACUUUGCAUGUUAUUGUUUGACUUUCCAUCAUAAAAUGAAUAUAAAUGAGAAGAAAAACUAUUUAUUAAUCGAUCCACGUUAUUGGCAGCGUAUUGAUUAAGUGUUUCUAAAAAAGGGACAGUCAUAAAUACUCCAUGGUUUCAGAUUCCAAAAUCAGAUGAUGAUUAUUCCAUGACUUUAUUCUUUAUAUUUAUUAUCUAAACAAACAGAUGUGCCGCUUUAAGUCCGUUUGGCUCAGUUCUGGUUCUGGUUUUGGAGAAUCGAUGUGUUUUAGUGCCACCUGCUGGUCAAACUGGAGAACUGACACCAUUGCUUUUCUUCUUUAUUCUGUUUCUCACCCUUCCUGCCUUCAUUCAUGUCUCUUCUCAGAGGUCCAGGGUCUUGGACUUUCUCUCUCAGUCUUGUUUUUCAGUUUGUUUCAAGUUUUCAGUUUGGAGGAGGAAGUCGUCGGCAUCCUCAGAUGAAGACGAGAGGUUCAUCUUGAACAACACGCGCCCUCUGACUCCGCUGGUCCUGAACCCUGUCCAGCUCACCUCUUGCUGGGACGUCUUCUCGCCAGCCUACGAGCCGACGGUGGGCAUGGAGAUGGAGCUGCCGCCUCGACUGCCGACGCCAGAGGAGAGGAUGAGGCAGCAGGCGAAGGCGGUCGCUGCUGAUGUUGUCCCCAUCAACGUAACGGGUGAGAGUUUUGAUCGUCAGGCCAGUUUUCGAAGAACUCUUUCCAACGCUGACUCGCUAACCAGGCGACCCCGUAACCUCAACCGCCGAAAGACGGUUACUGGGAUACCAAAUGAUGUCAGCCCCAAAACUUCAGUCUCUACGGUUCUUCCCGGUCAGUUCUCCACCGUGGGUCGACCUGCUUCCGCCUCCUGCAGCUCCUCCAACCAAUCAGAGGCCACAGAGGUGGAGGAGAAUGGAGGAAUCCGGAAGGACGGACAGUCGAGGAGGAUCCGAGCCCCUCGAGGAGAGGGGAUGUCCAGCCUCAUGGCCUCCCUUACUUCCUCCCCCCGUGUCCAAAACCACUCCUCGGAGUUCCACAGUCUCCCCCGUCCAGCAACCAACUCCUCUCUGAACUCUGAGGCCAGCUGUACCAGCGCCUCCUACAGGAUGCUCAGCGCCUCCUCGUCCUGCUACCAGUCACAAGAUCUCCAGGGUUUCCCCAGCGACCUCCAGCCCCUGCUGCCAUUUGACUCCACAGCCAGAGUCUUGCCGCAGUCUCCUUUCUCCUCUUCGUCCGUCCACGGUUCGCCCCCAACAUCAGAGUGGUCUUACUCAAGAAAUAAGCCCCUGAAUGAGGGUCCUUCCUCCACCCACUACCUCUCCUGCUCCUCCAUCACUGAUUCAGAGUCUCAGUUUAGCUACCAGGCUCUGGAUGAGCAGACCCAGACCCACCAGAGCACUCAGCAUUUCUACGAUUGUGACUCUUACAGUGGGGACAGAUGGAGCCACCAGCCCCUGUCCCCCAGCUCCAGUGUCCACAGCAGUGCUGUCCAGGACACAACAUGUGUUUCUGAGGAAAGUUGGAACUGCAACCCCCUGCUCUCCUCUGGUCGCUCCACCCCCUCUUGCACUGACAGCAACUCCUUGUGCUCUGAGAAGAUGACCUCCUCUCCCUCGCUAAGCCGAGAGAAAAGGAGGUCCAGCACUUCUUCCUCCACCUCCUACUAUCGCACUGCCACCCGCAGCAUUUCCCUCCGCAAGUCCAAGCGACCACCUCCUCCGCCGCUACGCUCGGACUCUCUGAGACGACGAUCUGGUCGGAGCAAACCCUCCCGCUAUUCGACCAGUCCCCGCCUGGAGCACACCACCAAGUGCAAGUCAUCUUCCCAGACCUACCACGAUCCCUGGGUGCCCCGGAUCAAAAGACGCCAGAGUGGAUUGAACUGUGGGACCGUCACAACCUUUGAACCUCUAAGUCCAGACUGCCAGGCAUCUGCUGAGUCUCCUACUCCUGAUCACCAACCAACCACCCCGGACCACCCUCCUGUCCGCACCCCGGCAUCUCCACAUUCAGGAGAGGGAGGCCUCAGACUUACUCUCAAUCCCCAACCUGCUGGCUCCUCUGUGUCUGGGCUCCAGCGCCUCGCUUCGCCCUCCAGUGGUUACUCCAGCCAGUCCAACACCCCAACUCCUGGCACUCCACUGUCUUCCCCCCUCACCCCUUCCUCCCCUCUCACAGCCAGUCCUGGAGCCUUUUCCCUCCCCCCAACCUCCCCUUUCUCCACUUCAUCCUCUGUCCCCCUUUCACCCGUCGCCUCCUCCUUGCCCAGGACAAGGUCUCGGGCCGAUGGGAAGCCGAAGCCACUGGUGCCAGAAAGGAAGUCAUCACUCCUGUCCUCCUUGUCGUCCUCCUUUUCCUCCACCUCCUCCCUCUCAUCCUGCACCUCCUUAGAGUCUUCGGCCAAACUUCCUCUCCUGCCGCCUCCUCCUCCUCCUCCUCCUCCUCCUACUCCUCUGCCAGAAUCGUCCUCCUCUUUGCCUCUUGCUCCUCCUCUUCUCACCAAACUCUCUGUAGCUCCUCCUCCACUUUCAUCUCUUCCUCCUCCUCCUACUCUUCCUCCUCCCCCUCCUCCUCCUCCUCUACCUCCUUUCUCCCGACCUCCUCCUCCCCCCUACUCCUUUGCUGUGAGACACAGCAGCUACCCUCCUCCUCCAGCUUCUCCACCUCCUCCACCAUCUUUAGAACUCCCAGACAUGCCAAUCGCUGACCUUCCUCCUCCACCGCCACCUCCUCCGCUUCCUCCUCUCUCUAUGCCCUCUGCCUCCCCCCUCCCCUCUCUAAAUGCUUGUGCUAAAGUGGCCACGCCUCCCUGCCCUCUGGUCACCGCCAAAGCUCUGCAGGGCGUCAAGCUUCGCUCUGUGAAGAACCUGGAUGCCCUGCAGGCCAAUGCUGCAUCUUCUGAUGGUGCAGUCCAAACCCAUGCUGACAUGUCAUCAGCUAAUUCUAACCAUGCUAAUGCUAACCAGGACCAACCAUCUGCUAUGUCCGAUAAAGUAAAUCGUGAUUGCCUGGCCAACACCGAUGUGGGACUUGCUGGACCGGGAUCACAACAUGCUUUCUGUGAUGUAGCUCCCAAUGAAGCUAACAUAUCUAGUGCGUUAAUGGGUAAUGCUAGCCCUAAAGACCCAGCCGAUGCUGACGCAAAGCACCCGGAACUCAAAUCAAAUCACAAUGAUUACAGACAAGCAGGAAGUGAGAUGGCAACACCCAACAGUGAGUCAGCUUAUUCUCAUCUUCAGAACUUAAAAGGCAUUAUUUGUAGCCCUGCUAAUCAGAGAAGCUCUGGGCCUCAGACAAGCAGUGAUGAAACUCCUCAAAACAUCCAGUCUGAUGAACGGGGAAGUGAAGACUCACACAUGUAUGCUACACAUACGAAAUACACAUACGUAAGCAAUCAAGUCAUCAGUCCUGACAGUCCUUGGGUAAAAAUGCCUGAUGAUGAAAAUCACAUUGACACAAUUAUCCAACAUGCGCAUUUACAACAGCAGGUAAAAGAUACAGUGCUAACAGAUGCUAAGCUAACAGAGCAUGCAGAGACACAUAGAGUAAGCAAAACGGUACCAUCAGUAGAGAAAAAUGACAAGAUCAAAUCUCGAAUGCAGAAUCUUGGUGCUGCUGAUCUGGCCUACGCUGAUAUGAAAACCAUUAACAGUAACUUCAGGACAAGCAGCCCCAAGAAGCUCUGCUCACCAGAGAAGCCAGUUCCACCAAAGAAGCCUGAUCUUUGUAUCCUGGGUGUCAUGGGUUCCCCCAAGACCAGGCGAGGACAAAGUGGAGGAAAGAGCAGGGAAAAAGUUUCAGCUCUUUCUUCGGAGCCCCCUGUGGACUCAUUGGACAUUUGUUUGCAUACACAUGUGACCCAUGAUGCACCUUCACCGAAGCACUCCACGUGCACCGCUGACAACUCGGUGAGGCCUGCACAUUUGAUGGAUGCAACAACUGCAGACAUUGCCACACUUUCACCUGCCAGCUCCCCUCAAUGGCAGAAACCACCAAUUUUGCACAAGAAGCCAGAUCUCUUAUUGACCUCACCCCAAACAACCGAACCUCUCUUUGCAUCUAAGAAUAAAAAAAGGGCCUUCAAAGGAACCUCCAAGACCAGUAGUAUUUCACAGACUCAGACCACCACAGGGACCAGUAGCACCCUAGAAAUAGUGGGCACCGCUGGGUCCAUGGGCACCGCUGGGUCCAUGGGCACUGCUGGGAUCAUGAGCACCACUGAGUCCAUGUGCACUUCUGGGUCCAUGGGCCCCUCGGGGAUCAUGGGCACUUCUGGGUCCAUGGGUACCUCGGGAAUGAUAGGCACAUUGGGAAUCAUUGGUACCAUGGGGAUGAUGGGCACCUCGGAAAUCAUGGCUACUACAGGGGCCAGAAACACUGAGACCAGUAGCACCUUCAAAACCAUCUAUGGAACCCAUCACCCAUCAGGGAUUAUAGGUCAUGGUACCUACAGCAGCUUGGGGAGCUCAGGGUCCCAUGCAGCUGCUUACACCUGGACAGGGGGCUCCCAAACUGGGGUAACGAGGAUCACCAAGACAAGACUUUAUCAGGGUGAUGAGAAAACAUUUCAAAGGAGGAUGAUGAGGUCAUCACUGGCUGAAGAUGAUGAGGAAGAUGAGAAGGAAAGGGCAUUAGAGAGAGGGAUGAAGGCAAUGAUGAUGAUGACGGCAUCAUCCAGUACAAAGAUAAAAGACAAAGCAAGGAAGAGGAGAAAGAGGAGACCAGGCAGGCAACUGCUGAUGAUGUCAUCAACAAUGGCACCCUCUCCCUCAUCAUCAUCCUCAUCAUCAUCGUCGUCGUCCUCUUCGUCCUCAUCUGGAGAUGAACGAGACGUGACAAAAGACAGGAUAAUGCAAGCGAUUCAGAAGAGAGCAACGAAAAUGUGCGAUCAAGAGACGAGUGACUCUGAAAGCUCCUGCGUUCUGAUUGGUCAGAGCAGGUACUCGCUCAGCAGCGCACUGUCCACUGACAGCCUGCGGGGGGAGCUGUCACUUCCAGACCUCCUGAUCCAGGAACCAGAUGAGGGAGAGGUGGAGCGAGGAAAUGAAGAAACCCAGAGGAAAGGGAAGCAGACAAAGGAGGGCAGUGGAUCUUCAGAUGGCAAGUCGGCCGAGCUGUUCAUCAAUGUGUCGGCAGAUCAGAUGUUCGUCCCCGUUCGGCCCCGAACCACAGAGGAUCUAUUCGCUGUCAUCCACAGGUCUAAGAGGAAGAUGUUCGGUCGAAAGGAUUCAAAAGACGUCAGAAACCAUUCAUCGUCCUCCUCUUCGUCCUCUCCGAUGACCCCUACCGACCCCCUGACUCGCCCGACUCGACCUGCUGCCCUCCGAGGCCAAAGGUGUCAGAGAAGUGAAAGCUUUAAGGCUCUCCUGCUAAGGAAGGGGAGUCGGACUGAUGCGUCGUCUCGGGUCUCGGCCGUCGAGCAGCUUCGUAAAGUUGCAACUUCGUCUAUCGCUGAGCUCCAGACGAAGCCUCCAGACCCAGUCCAACCCUUCAUCCUGCCGCCCAGGUCUCCGAGUGUUCAGGACUUCUCCACGAUGUUCAGCGAUGAUCUGACUCGCCUCCUCCUCACCUCCUCGUCCUCGCCCUUCUACUUCCUCACCUCCCCCUCCCCCGUGCGACCUCGCUCCCUCACCCCUCCCUGCUCGGCGAGCCGACGCUUCGCUGCCCGCCGACGCCUCUUCGCCACUCCCAUGACAGCCAUCUCUGAAGGGGAUGGCGAGGAGGAGGAGGAGGAGGAGGUUUUCAGAGGUGCCAGAGAAUCGAACCUGAGAUCGGUUGAGAUUUCAUGAUGGACCGGGAGAAAAAUCUCACCUGAAUGUAUUCAAACGGACCAACUUGCACCUGAAGCAUCAAACUGAAUGUACCGAAGCACAUCUGGUCAAGCAGCCGGAAAAAGACGUGAACAGUGAGCCGAUUUAACAUCCAGACGGGAUCUGUACUGCCGAUAUCUGUCAUUUAUC